GAUUGUGCUUUAUUUUUCACUUAUCAAAGGGCUUGCAUUACCCCACAGCCCCGCCUCCUUCCCCCCCCUCGGUUGCCCCGGUAACCGUGUCAGGGUGGAGGAAAAGAGCAAAUCAUUGCUUUCGCUCCAGUCCUCGCUGCGGAUGGGACCUGAACGAGGGCGCUGAAGGUGGGGAGGGGGGCGGGCGGCACGACCAGGACCGGGAGAAUCCCCCUCGCAGCGCUGACCUUCACUGGUGGUGGAGAGCCGCUGGGUGGACGGUGGCUGCGUCGAGGCGACAUGGGUUGUGGCAACUCCUCGGCCACCAGCACCUCAGGAGGGGGUCCGGCAGACGCCUCCAAAGAAGUGACUGAAGAUCCAGCUGCAGACGACGAGAAAAGAAGGAACUACGGGGGCGUGUACGUGGGGCUGCCCACCGACCUGUCCACCGUGGCCUCCAGUCAGUCCAAGCCAACCAGUAAAGAUUAGCGCCUCCUGAGACCCUGGCGUGACACGUCUGGACCCCUGCUGGGGGGCGAUGAGGACCGGCACCAGGUUGCUCUGUGGAUCACAGCCGCAGCAGGAGAGACUUUCCUCUGCAGCAGCAGCUUCCUCUUCACCAGUGACUCACACACUCACUCACUCUGGAGCCGCCACAGGCGGGCGGUGAUCUGAGGGGGGCGCCGGUGAUCCUCGCCGGCCACGUGUGACACAAGUCUGUGCUCACUUUCCUCUUUUGUGUCCUUCACUUUCAGACCUUCAUGUGUUUAUCCCAUUCAUUUUGCAUGAGGGAUCGUCUUUCAUAUCUUACGCUGUCAGUUAUUCUCUCCAUUCAAACUAUUUUUUAAGAUUUAUUUUAAUAAUUCAUAGAAAAAAUAAGAAUUCAUUUUUCACAUGAGAUAACAUGGUCUUGUAAUAAAAUUUUCUCUGUUGAUAGUGAAUUAUAUUUCAUAAUUUAGACACCGAAUUGAACUAAUGCUCAUUUCCUCAUUUUUACUCAAUAUUUUACUUAAUUUAUUAUUAUUAUUAUUAGUUUUAUAGGUUUUAUAUCUGUAGUCAAACUUUCCAUUUUCAGAGUCAGCAUUUUUUUUAUUUAUUAUUUUGUCAUUAAAAAAACUUUUUCAUUUUGUAACUUCAUAAUAAUAAUUUUAAGUCAAACUUAUCGUUUUUUAUAUUAUAUAUAUUUUCAUUUAUAUUACCCCCUUCUACUUCUUUUUUCUCUCUUUAAACAAUUUCUUCGUCUGGUUUUGAACCAUUCGCUAUCAGGUCAUAAAUAUUUUCAGCUCUACAUUUUUUUCUAAAUCUUUUUUUUUUUAAACAUAUUUAUAUCUUUUAUUUUUACGUCAUUAUUUAAUUUAUUUGAACCAACUUUAUUUUCUCCACUUCCCCUCAGAGAGUUUUAUCUUGACCCUUCACUCCACAGUGACCUGCUUUAGCCUCUUUCUCGCCUGAAGACACACGGAAACACACUUGAAUGUCUUUUGUAUGGACUUUCAACUGAAGCUCUCGUGCUUUUUGUAGCAUCUUAAGUCACGGAGGAGAAGCUCCAGAUGACCCGACACCAUGAAGCUGCACAGCUCUGUGAGGCUAAAUAUGGAAGCUAGACUUCUGAGUGGAUGUGUCGAUCAUUUCAUCAUGUUUCACCAAAACAUAAUAGCUUCAAUAUGGAUCAGAUGAAAGGGAUUAAGGAGGGGAAAUAAUUCAUAGCAGUUUAAGCUAAUUUCAUUUUAGAACUUUAAAACAAUGUUUGGUCCGAUAACUUUGAUACAGAGUUUGAUCUGAAGCAACAAAAAUGAUCUUGAAACUCAAAGUUAUUAACUCAGACAUUUGGCUCUGAGAUAUUCUGUCAAGAAGAAUGGCAAUCUUUUUUUCUCAAACUGUAAAAUAGAUUUUAUUGCAAUUACUAUGUAAAUACUACUUUAAUUGGAGUGGGAAUUUUCCAUAUUUUUAAAUUUUCAUUUGAGAUAUUAAAAGAAAAUCUCAAAAAGGUCGAUGUGUGAUGCAACAUUUUGAUAAUAAUAAUAAUAAUUAAUAAUAAAGCUUCUACAUACCGGAUUUUUUUCAUGCAAAAAUGAAAAACAAAAUAAUUCUGCAGUAAAACAACCAGCAAACACUGAAAAAGGAACAAACUUGUGAAAUGAAACACAAACAAAAGUAAAAACGAAUUCUAAAACGCCACUAAGGUCACAAGUUGUAAUUCACGUCUCUAACACACGGUGGUGCUGUUAGUUUCAUUUCAAGGUGCAUUCCUAUGACUCUCAUACGAAAAAUGUCUCAAAAAGACUCACUGGAUUUUAAAGUUGUAGAUUCCGUCCAAGUUAGAAAACACUGCUGUUUAUUGGCCUUCAAAAGAAGAAGCAAUUGAUUUACUGAGGCGAAUGUAACGGCACACACCUCCGUCACAAAGAUGUGCGCCUGCGUGUCUGAGCUCGCGCGCUAACGCUAGCUAGCUUGGUCGUCGUUUGCUGUGCAAAAAAGCUGUUCACUACAGUGGUCCAGGUCUGGUGUCAAACCAAGGGCUCGCCUCAGAACCGAUCGGACCACCUGUCGUGGCGUCGUCUUCGCCGCGAUCCAGCGCCGCGAUCCAGCGCCGCUCAUGUCGUGAUCUCAGCGUGUAUUAACGUGAACGUCUGUGGACGACGUCGAGGCACAGGUUUUGAAAACAAGCACAGAUCUGACGGUGGGAGGAGCCGAGUCGUCCACCAGAGACUGGUGAUAGAGCUGUGUCCGAGAAUGUGCCGUGAUCUGAUCACAGUCCGAUCACCGCUUCAGCGUCGAGUGCGUGUCGCCAUCUUGUCUCUCUGUUGUUUCUGUUCCGAACCAAGAAGCAAAAAACAUCAUCUCUGUGUCAUUUGCCACUGAAACGUUGAAUAAAAUAUUUGCAGUUAA